AUGGCUUCAGCAAUUUUGACUGGCCCCCUUCCCCUGUGUGUGUGUCUGCUACUGACAUCUGGCUUUGCUGAGGCAGGCAGGCUGCUGGUAGUACCCGUGGAUGGGAGCCACUGGUUCGCCAUGCAAUCGAUUAUGGAGAAACUCAUCCUCAGAGGGCAUGAGGUGGUCGUAGUCAUGCCAGAGGUGAGUUGGCAACUAGGAAAAUCUCUGAAUUGCACCAUAAAAACUUAUAAAACUUCUUACACCCUGGAGAAUUUGGACCGUGAGCUCUUAUUUUUCACUGAUGAUCGGUGGGAAACUCCGGCAAAAACUGUUUAUUCUCUAUUAAUGACUUCAGCCACAGGUUUUUUUGACAUGAUUUUUUCAAAGUGUAGGAGUUUGUUUAAUGACCAAAAAUUAGUAGAAUACCUAAAAGAGAGUUCGUUUGAUGCAGUGUUCUUCGAUCCUUUGGAUAUGUGUGGCUUAAUUGUUGCCAAAUAUUUUUCACUCCCCUCUGUGGUCUUAGCCAGAGGAAUAUUUUGUCAUUAUCUAGAGGAAGGUGCACAAUGCCCCAGUCCUCUUUCCUACGUUCCUAGAAAUUUCUUAGGGUUCCCAGAUGCCAUGAAUUUCAAGGAGAGAGUACGGAACCAAAUCUUCCUCUUGGAGGAACGUAUAUUUUGCCCCUAUUUUUUAAAAAAAGCCUUAGAAAUUGCCUCUGAAGUUCUGGAAACACCUGUCACAGCCUAUGAUCUCUUCAGCCAUACAUCCAUUUGGUUGUUGUGA